ACAGGUUACACGCUACACGAUGGCUAACAGAUAGACUUUUCAGCGUGUCGCUAUUAGCUCGUGGGUGAUAGGCCUUGGAUAGGCGUUUUUUUACAAUUAUCUGGAAGUGUAAUUUUUAAUUGGGCUUGUCCAAGUUGGCGAGAUAAGGGCUAAUCCUGAGAAGACAUCAUAACUGCGGCAAUAUGACAACCAAAAUGCACUUGCUAUUGCGGUCUGCUUCGUUUCUUCAGCAAAAUCUACGUCAGCCAGGAAGUCCGAAAUGUCUCCUCCGAGCCACACAGAUGGUUCGUCUUUGUAGUACUCAGGCCGGAAAGGUCCACGACACAGCACCAGCGUUGCCGGUGGCGGCGGCCGAGUCGGACGCUCCGGCUCUUCUGAGGCCACUGACAGAGACGGUGGCCCCCUCCGCCGCUGCGGUGAGGCAGGUUUGGGUCGAGAACAUGGACUCUGCCGAUGAGCGUAAGCUCGGUCUGCUGGAGCUGCACCCGGAGGUGUUUGCCGCCUUCCCCAAGCUGCACCUGAUCCACGACAACGUGCGCUGGCAGCGCAUGUACCGCCAGGUGGACUACGCGGCCACGAAGACCCGAGCCGAGGUGCGGGGCGGCGGUCGGAAGCCCCACCCGCAGAAGGGAGGCGGCAGGGCGCGGGCCGGAAGCAUCCGGUCACCCCUCUGGAAGGGUGGCGGCGUGUCCCACGGGCCGCGCGGACCCAAGACACACUUCUACAUGCUGUCUCACAGCGCCCGCGUCGGCGGCCUGUGCGCCACACUGAGCGUCAAGCUGGCGCAGAAUGAUCUGCACGUGGUGCGGGACCUGGAGCUGCCCUCUGCCGACCCGGGCCUCCUGCAGGAGCUGGUCGAGCGACGCUACUGGGGACCCAGCGUGCUCUUCGUUGAUGACACUGACGAGAUGCCCGAAAAUCUGGUGAGAGCCGCUGACCAGGUGCCACACUACAACCUCCUACCGGUGUAUGGUCUGAAUGUGUUUACGAUGCUGAAGCACGAUACACUGGUUCUCACGGUUGCUGCUGUGGAAAGAGUACAGGAGCGGCUCCUCCGUGCACUCUCCAUCCAUAAUUCUAUGGCUGUCAAACACACGGACGCGUCAUUACUUCGGUGAGCCCGCUGGCGCCGCCCGGUGGCGAAUGCAUAACGUGUGGUUGAUAAAUCUGCCGCUAGGUGGCAGAUGAAUAGUUGCUGGUGCGCGGCCUCCCGCAGUGCUUUUGGGUGAUUCUGUCCGCGAAAGACGGUUGUGUUGUAACUUCAGCACGGUCUAGCUCGCCUGAUAAAUGUGGCCUGGAUUGCAGACAUAGGUCCUAAGAAUUUGUUGCAUUUUUUUUGUCCCCGAAGUGUGUGAGAAAGACUGUGGAGCGUAUGGGGUGCUGACGUGUAAAAUGUUGGUAUUCGCUCCCCAUUUGGCUAAAAUACAAAGCUGUGUCUACAUUUGAGUUAUGUGGUGUUCAUUUAUUGAAAUAGAAAAUAAUUUUAGAA